CGGCUUUUCGCCGAGGUCGAACCCAGUGUUGCGGCGGUACUGGCUGAUCUACGACAUCAUUACUGAACUCUUCAACAUGAAGCCGGUUUGCCUUCUGUUGAUUUUUAUUGUUACUGUAGUAUCAGGGACCAGCUUUAGGCGAUUCAGAAGAAAUGCCAAUCAAGAAUAUAAGAUGUGCGUUGCGGAAGAACUGCUUCAGUUAUGUAACGAAAUGGCGGGCCAAGAAACUAAGAGUUCGGCCAAGAUAGUUUGUAUUCCCGCUAGGGAUAGAAUGGAAUGUAUUACUAAAAUAAAACAAAGAGAAGCCGACUUCUUAGCAGUAGAUCCUGAGGAUAUGUACGUGGCCAAAAACGAGCCCGAACAAGACUUCGCUUUAUUCGAAGAAAUACGAACCAAAGAAGAACCUGAGGCCGAAUUCAGAUACGAAGCCGUAGCAGUUAUCCAUAAAGAUUUAAACAUUAACGGCAUGGAAGGUCUCAAGGGACUCAACUCUUGCCAUACCGGAGUGGGCAGAAACGUCGGAUACAAAAUCCCGUUGACCAAACUGAAGCAAAAGGGCAUUAUUGGCAAUUUGGCAGAGCCGGAACUAUCACCAAGGGAGAACGAGCUGAAGGCUUUUUCCACUCUGUUCAGUAAGGCCUGUAUUGUUGGCAAAUGGUCUCCGGAUCCGAAAAUUAAUUUGAAAUUAAAGCGCAAAUAUUCGAACCUUUGUGCCCUCUGCGAGCACCCGGACAUCUGCGAUUAUCCGGAUCUAUUUUCUGGAUACGACGGAGCCUUACGAUGUUUGGCACAUAACGGUGGACAAAUCGCUUGGACGAAGGUCAUCUUCGUCAGGAAAUUCUUUGGAUUACCAGUGGGAAUUACUCCUGCUAAACCGACAACCGAGGACCCAAGCAAGUUUGCUUACCUUUGUCCAGAUGGUACUAAGGUUCCAGUGACAGAUACGCCUUGUACGUGGGCGGCGAGACCUUGGCAAGGAUACAUGACCAACGCGGCUAUUGCAAAAUCCGUUGAUGAAUUGAGAAGGAAAAUUGAGAAUCUUAACGUUAUCGGUAGCAAGAACCACGCCGACUGGUUGCAGAAGGUUUUAGAGCUGAACGACAAGACUGCCCCUAAGGAGAACAAAAUUAUUUCUCCCGAGGAUUACUUGAAUAAGGCUAACUAUACAGAUGUUAUCGAAAGAGACUAUGGUCCGCCCUUCAAGACUAUUAGAUUCUGCGUGACAUCAAAAGACGAACAGGACAAGUGUCGUACGUUGAGCAAGGUCGCAUUUUCCAGAAAUAUCAGACCGAGAUUCGAUUGCGUUUUGGAAGCGAACGUCCAAAAUUGCCUGAAAAGUAUCCGAGACGAUGGUGCUGACAUUAUUACUUUAGAUGCGGGUCUUGUGGAUACCGCAGUGAACCAAUUCAAUCUGAAACCAGUGGUAGCGGAGCAGUACGGACCGACCGGCGGCUCUUAUUACGCAGUAGCAGUAGUCAAAAAAGACUCAUCGAUUCGAUCGUUUGAAGACUUAAGGGGCAAGAAGUCUUGCCAUACGGGAAUUGGCAGGACCGCAGGCUAUAAUGCGCCAUUGUUUACUCUGGUGACUAAAGGACUCAUUAAAGAGGGAGAGUGCCCUUAUCCAAAAGCCUUGGCUAACUUCUUUACCGCUGGCAGUUGUUUGCCUGGAGCGAAAGAAGACAGAUUGAAGCUGGAUGUAGCUGUGUCAGAGAAGCUGUGUUCUCUAUGCGCCGGUGACUUAGAAAGGAAUAAUCAGUCAGCAAAAUGCAAUUUUGACCAAACUGAAUCUUAUAGCGGCUAUACCGGAGCUUUUAGAUGUUUGGUCCAAGGAGGUGGAGACGUUGCUUUUGUUAAACACGUUACGGUGCCCGGAAAUACCGAUGGAAACAACCCUGAAGUGUGGGCCAAAGACCUUAAAUCUGACAACUAUGAGCUGCUGUGUCCUAAUGAUGGAAGAGCUCCGGUGUCCGAAUAUGCCAAGUGUAAUUUGGCACAUGCACCUCCACAUAUGGUGGUGACCUCAAAUACAAAAUCAGAUUCUUUAGUGGACGAAAUAAGGAACGCCUUGUUGUCGAUUAGUACCGAGUUCACCAAAAGGCCUGACUGGUUUAAAUUGUUCGGAACGUAUAAUGGAAAGAAGGAUUUACUAUUUAAGGAUUCAGCAACUGGCUUAGUGUCUAUCUCUGGUGAGUCCGAGAUUCAAAAAGACUACUCCAAGCUUCUAGCUGUGGUAAAUGCUUGCCAUUAAGCAUCUUUCGCUUUAUAGAGCGAUUUUCAUUAUAACAUGAUAUUAUAAACCAAUUACCUUACGAUAAAAUAAAUAUAAGUAAAAUACAUGA